CCUCUCUGAAAUCUAGAGACAAUCUGCAAGCACUCAACACCGGCACAGAACUCUGUUAGCAGGGAAGACUGAGGUAGUUGGAGAGAGAGAGAGGGUUGGGGAGGUAAAGUGCAGAUGAAGAGAGAAAAGUUUGGAUGGGAAGAAAAAAAACAAGACACAAAUAGUAAAAAAAGUUGAAGAGGAGAAAGAGAAAAAAUAAGAAGAAGAAAAGGCGAGGAUUUGAAAAGUGAGUUGUGGAGAGUGAACUAACAAUGGGCUCCCCAGUGUGCUGUGCUGCUGCUGUAGUUGUCUCACUACUGGGUCUCCUCUACUAUAGUCCCCCUGUAUGGGGCCAGGAGCUACAGGAGAGGGACGCUCUGUGCAACGAGGACGGCUGCUUCGUGGUCUACUUUCAGCGCAAGACCUUCCUGGACUCCUGGAGGAGUUGCAAGGAGAAGGGAGGCAACCUGGCCACAGUCAAACUCCAAGAGGGGGCUGACACUAUCGCUGCUCUCUUCUCCAGCGUGGAGCUACGGGGCCCCAGAACCAAGGUCCGGGUGUGGAUUGGUCUCCAGAGACAGCCUCGCCAGUGUACCGCCUCUCGCCCUCUCCGUGGGUUCUCCUGGAUUACGGGUGACCAGGAUACCCAGUACACCAACUGGCUGAGGGACGACUCACCCAGUACCUGUUCGGCCCCGCGCUGUGUGGUUAUGACCUAUGGCACAGCCGCCCACGAGCAGCAUGAUAAUUUUAAAUGGCUGGACGGCUCGUGUUCGGUGCCCGUGGAUGGCUACUUGUGCCACUACACCUACAAGGGCAUGUGCCCGGCUAUUUGGAGCGAGGGGGGCGGCAAUGCCCUCUAUAGUACCCCCUUCAGUCUCCUCAGUAGCCUCCUUACCCACGUGCCCUUUGGAUCUGUAGCCACGGUGCCCUGCCCGGGGGGCACAGAGGAGGAGCAGUCAGUGCUGUGUAUGCUGAGGGAGGAUGGCACUGUGGGGUGGUCCAGGGAGACGCCCCUCUGCCUUGACACCACAGAGAAGAGCUGGUGUGAUCGGGACAAUGGAGGCUGCGAGCAUUUCUGCCAGGAGGCCAGGGAACACUACUACUGUGAGUGCUCGGACGGCUUUCAGCUCGGUGACGACGGGCAGACAUGUGUUGCUGUCGACCGGUGCCACAGUGCCCCCUGCGAGUUCGAAUGCCUUCCGCUGUCGGACGGCUACCGCUGUGCCUGCCCCGAAGGCUACAUGCUGGCCCCGGAUGAGCGUGGUUGCCUGGAUGUAGAUGAGUGCCUGCAGAGUCCCUGCGAGCAGCUGUGCGUCAACGCCCCGGGAACCUUCGAGUGCCGCUGCCGCCAGGGCUACCGGCCGGACCAGGAGGUCGACUGCGAGGACGUGGAUGAGUGCAUGGAGGACCCCUGUGAGCACGCCUGCGAGAACACGCCUGGCUCCCACAUUUGCCACUGCCACCUGGGCUUCUCCCCCCUGCCAGAGGACCCCUCCCACUGCCAGGACACCGACGAGUGUCAGAUCCCUGGGACAUGUCAGCAGAUGUGUGUAAACUACGAGGGGGGCUUCGAGUGUUACUGCGAGGUGGGCUACGAGCUACUCUCUGACCAAUUCUCCUGCAGGAAGAUAGGGGAGGACUCACCCACCACAGACACGCCCUCGUACCCCUGGGUCACCCGCCAACCCGGUUCCAAGUGGGACCCCCAGCAGACCUACACCGACUGGCCCCUGGGGGAGGAAGAGUCCCUGGACUGGCUCACAGACCCUCCCAGGCUGGAAAGUGACAUCCUCUGGGUCACCAGUGCACCCCAGGAGGAGCCAGUCCUAAACCACAACCCAUUCCUGCCCCCCCCCACGGAAGAGACCGAGGAGGAGGAGGAAGAAGAGGAGGAGGAGGAGGAGGAGUAUACACCUGGCUGGGACAUCAUGAAUUGGAAUGUCCCAGCCAAGGUCCAGCCAGAGUUGGAACCCACACCCAGUCUCUCUCCCAGCCCCACAUCCGACACAAUCCUCACCCCAACUCCCACCUCUGACAGGUAUUGGUUUGAGGAGGAUGAGGAAACCACUACCAGUCCCUCAGUCCUCCCCACCUCCACUGUCUCGGGAGGGGCCUGGAACUGGUUCUGGAUCAGUUCCACCCCCACCAGCCAAGACCAAGGACUUACCACAUGGCAGGAGCCAAUCACUGACCAGUAUGUCCCCGCAUCCAACUAUGAUGAAGCUGAUGAGAAUGAAGAAGUGGGGGUAAUUGACGAUGUGUGGGUGACAUCCCCCCCAGAGAUGGACCAGGACCCAGGCCAGCACAUCCCCUCCCUGCCUUCUCCCCUGGCUCCUCAAACCCCCCUCACACCCGACCAGGGCGUGGUGGAGGUGGAGAGGGAGGAUGAGAGGGAGCCGUCCCCGGAGGACGUGGUGGAGGUGGAAGAUGAGAGGGGGCCGCCCCAGGAGGAUGUGGUGGAGGUGGAGAGGGAGGAUGAGAGGGAGCCGCCCCCGGAGGACGUGGUGGAGGUGGAAGAUGAGAGGGGGCCGCCCCAGGAGGAUGUGGUGGAGGUGGAGAGGGAGGAUGAGAGGGAGCCGCCCCCGGAGGACGUGGUGGAGGUGGAAGAUGAGAGGGGGCCGCCCAAGGAGGAUGUGGUGGAGGUGGAGGGGGAGGAUGAAAGGGGGUCGCCCCAGGAGGACAUAUUGGAGGUGGAGGGAAAGGAUGAGAGGGGGCUGCCCCAGGAGGACGUGGUGGAGGUGGAGGGGGAGAAUGAGAGGGGGCCGCCCCAGGAGGACGUGGUGGAGGUGGAGGGAAAGGAUGAGAGGGGGCUGCCCCAGGAGGACGUGGUGGAGGUGGAGGGGGAGGAUGAAAGGGGGUCGCCCCAGGAGGACAUAUUGGAGGUGGAGGGAAAGGAUGAGAGGGGGCUGCCCCAGGAGGACGUGGUGGAGGUGGAGGGGGAGAAUGAGAGGGGGCCGCCCCAGGAGGACGUGGUGGAGGUGGAGGUGGAGAGAAAGGAUGAGAGGGAGCCGCCACAGGAGGACGUAGGGGAGGAGGAGGUGGAGAGAAAGGAUGAGAGGGAGCCGCCACAGGAGGACGUAUUGGAGGUGGAGGGGGAGGAUGAGAGGGAGCCUCCCCAGGAGGACGUAUUGGAGGUGGAGGGGGAGGAUGAGAGGGAGCCGCCCCAGGAGGACGUAUUGGAGGUGGAGGGGGAGGAUGAGAGGGAGCCUCCCCAGGAGGAUGAGAGUAGCCAGAAGCAGGAUGGUGCCAACUGGCUGCUGGUAGGCCUCCUGGUGCCCCUUUGUAUCUUCAUCGUGGUGAUGGUGGCACUGGGCAUCGUCUACUGCACCCGUUGCGCUGUCACGCCACGCAACAAGUCUGCCACCGACUGCUACCAUUGGAUCUCUGGGGCGCACGACAAGCAGGGCGCGCUCAAUCCCAGCAAGGGGAUGCAGUCACAUGUUUAAACAGACGAAACGAUGAAAGACUUGUAGAUAAAUCAACUUUUUAUAAAUAAGAGGAGAGGAUAUGAAGAAGGUAAGAGAGGACUUGGGUGAUUGUUUCACUGUAUGCGACUCUGUGAAACACUUGGAUGUUUCUGUGGAAUAUCGGUUGAAAGAGAAAAGAGAAGAAACAGGAAGCAAUACAACAACAACAAAAAAACGGAUCCAUUUUUUGGGGUGAUUUGACAUUAUUGUUGCUUACGCAGAUCUCACAGGACAAGGUAUAUGAUCCCUAUAUGAUUGCACUAUAGGGUCAUAAUAGAAACCAUCUAUUGUGAUUGUUGUUGAAUACGUCAUCUGGUUAUAGUUACAGAUGCUGUGGGAAUACACUGUUAAUGUAUCAGCAUUGCCAUCUGAAAACCUAAGCCAAAGAACUAUACUGUAGCUUCUAGCAUUUUUUGUUGUCCAUGAAAUCUGGGUGUCUGCAUCUUUCAAAGAAACGCUCAGGUUUUGAGCUCAUUCCCCAAAGUGUGGUGUCACAAAUUACUAUUUUUGUCAACUUUGUCAAAGAAGCAGGUUCUUAUUUACCUCAGAAGUUGGUGAAUGAAGGCGGUUGUGAUUCACGCUCCUUUGCAGGACAACAGACAUUUCAGCAGUUGAACCAAACUAUACAAGCAAGACUGUCAUGACGCUGUUGAGAAAAAGCAAUCACUCGGAUAUUACUUUCAUGCUUCUGCUUUUUUUAAGUACCGGAACAAAUCAAUUCACACCACAGACCAAAUUAGUUUUUUAUACAGUACGCGUGUAUAUAUGUGUUUGGUGGAUUGUUUUUGUAAAUGUAUAGUUCGUAGCAAUGACUUUUCCAGAAAAUGUGUUAGUGUCAUGACUCCUGAUUCAAUGAAGUGCCUUUUGUUUCAUAUAGACCACAGAACUCUUAGUAAUUCCAUGGAAUGUCUGUCUGUCUAAGGGGAGGGUUCCUUCCAUUCAACUCCAAUUUAACUAACUCUCCUAGUCAACUCACCCAUGCUCCUCAUGUAGGUUUGAGUGCAGAUGUAAGAUGUGUUUGUAUUACAGACUACAAGGACUGUAAUGGGGGUCACAGGCUCCCGAUUGACUUUACCGUUGGCCUUUUCAGUGAACUAGUGAUCUUUCAAUCGCUCCCCAGUCCCAUGUCACAUACUGUAAGUGUUCAGCACGCCCCACUCCUUCUUGUUACAGGCCUGGCCUUAGCUUUCUAUGGACUUCCUUAAUAGCCAUGAUGGGACAAUACCAACAUUUACAGUUUGAAGUCACUGCACCCUCUAGCAACUUUGACAGUAACUGCAGUCCCCCUUCAAAGGAUGGCUUGCACUUGUAAAUGACAGACUAUCAGAAAUGACAGACAAUGAAAUCAAUCUAAGAUGUGCCUUCUGAUCUAAGGACUGUGAAAUGCUUUUGAAAAUUUUUGUUACCCGUUAGGUUUUAAGUAAUUGUUAAUUAAAAUGUUAUGGUAAGGGUUG